CUGGGUUUUAUUGCAGUUGCUACGUGAAGAGCAUCAAGGAUGUUGCUGCGCCUGGGAUUGGCUCGUUGGGGCAAAUGUCUGCUGAAAUGCUCCUUUACUCCAGUAAGCUCCCAUUUUCUCCUCACACUGCUGUUCUCAUCAGGUAAGUGAUAUAUUAUGACUGCCUUCAUAACAUUGGUGGCCUUCCAGUGCUUCUGAACUGGGAUUUAUUUUUAACGCCAAUUGGGAAGAUAGGACCCACUUUUAUUUUUGGUGUCUGUCAAUAGUUUUUACCAGAGCUGAAAAUAGUACUGUCAAAAUAUUAUGUGUUCAUGUAUGCUGCUUUUUAUUAUUGUCUGGGGUCAAGGAGGUGUAAAAACACUGUUUUUGAAGUUGUGAACAUCUCCCUCCGAUCGCAAGCCAUCCGAUUCAAUUCUCAUCUCUUUUUCUUGUAUCUUCAUUUUGUUUUCACUCUUACAGGUAGUGCUGUGCAGCAGACUUCUGAUACGAUUGUCAGGGGAAACGAGGAGGUUCUGCUGCGUUGUUUCCAAGAGAAAACCACUUUUAGCUACAUGUACUGGUAUAAGCAAGAAGGGAAGAAGGAUCCGCAGCUCCAGCUGGUGGCUUUUUCGGUGGAAGGUUUUGGAGGAAGCGAUAUCAUUCAGAAAGAAUUUGAAGGGCGCUUCGAGAGCCGUGGAAUGAAUGGGUAUGUCUUCAAUCUGACCUUGAAAGAGGCAAAGCCAAGCGACGCAGGCACCUACUUCUGCGCCAAGCAAGAUAACACAGUGAGCCAACUGCACAGGAAACCAGACACAAACCCCUUCAUCAGGGAAUAUACAUGA